UAAUUUAAUCUAGUCAUUAACUUAACAUAUAAUAAUCUUGGUGAAAUUAGAUCAGUUUUUUCUCAAUAGACUUCAAUUGAAUUUUAACCCUCCUUUGCUAAGACUGCCAGCACUGCAGGACAGGUGUCAACUUCAAUGGGACACGUGUCCGAUGUUUGAAAGUUGUACAGCAUGACGAGGACGAUGAUAAGAAGAAGUAACCAUUUUCGAUCAACCAACAACAAAUAUAUUUAUAUUUAUAGCUAGGUUUGAUUCUGAAUCCAAUCAAAAGUAUUCGGUUUCAAACAGGUUCACUAUGCUUGUUCACACAAUCAUAAGAUUCAUCCGCCCAACAACAGUUAUCGGUCGAAGGUCUUUCAGUACACUUUCGAAACAUACCGACAUGGCCCAGAAGAAUAACGACACCGACCCCAAACAGACAUCCGGGGAUGAAGAAUCGCAUUCAUUUGGAGAAGGGUAUUCUACGCGUUCUGACGAUGAUGGAUUCGGUGCUAACCAGCAGACGCAGCAGCAGCCUCUCAAUAAUGAUGAUCAAGAAGACGCCAAGACCAAGAAUUUAAUCAAGGAAGGCCAUCCUGAAUUCGAUCAUACUCAGGGAAGCAAAGUUGCCGAGAAGGAGAAAGCAAGAUUCCAGAAGUAGAAGAGACACAAGAAAUCUCAACUCUGUUUUAUGUUUAUGUUUUUGUUGGAUCGAGGUUAAUGAAUUUUACCCAUGUUUGUUUCCA